UCGGCCUGCAUAAUCUGUGGCAUUUCAAGACUCCGACAGAGCGACAGAGUGAUUCUUUAUUUUUGUUAUUGUUUGAUAUAAAAUUUAUCGAUUUAAAAAGAAACAGAAGAAAGCAAGAAAAACUAAAUAUAUAAUUCCAGAAAAGUAUGUUUAAAAAGUUGGGUUAAAGGAUUUCUGUGUUAAUUUUAGCGUCAAUUCCUGAUAGAACGCAAAAAUGUUUACUCGCUAUUUGCCCAAGUCUAAAAACAAGUUAUUUGCUUUAUUUAUGUUUAUAACGCUUACGGUUAGUGCUUUGUAUCUUUAUUUGAACAAUUUGCAAGAGAAAAGUACUGUUCAAUCUUCGGGAGAGAGAUGUUUAACUGAAUUAUCGUCUCUGAAAUAUCAGUUGAAUGAGGUGACCCAGUAUAAAGAUCGUAUAGACAAAUUGUUAACAGAGACACAAAAAGCUCAUGAAUUAGACAAGGAACGGUUUAAGGACAUUAUGGAAAGUUGUGUUGCCAUGAAACAACAGUCUACAAUAUGUCAGAGUCAAUUUGAAGAUCUCCAAAGUGAGUGUAAAAAGGUUCGGGAUGACUACAACAAAUUGAAGAAAAGUUUAAAUAUAUGAAUCGCAACUGGUGAAGUAAUGAAAAUGAUUUUAAAAUAAGAAAUUACACUUUACAACUUCUAUAUUUUGAAUAUUGUGUUACAUGUAUAACUAGUCAUAUAUUAAAUUUUUUAUUUUUAUGUAUUAUUAAACAAUAUAUUUUAUUAUAUUGUACUACAAUUAAAUAACAAAGAAAUUAGACCUUCAACUCGUAUGUUAACAUACUAUUUAUUUAGGUAGAUUUUUAAAUAGUGAUAUAUUUAUUCUAUCAAUUGUUUCAUAUGAUUACUUCAACUAUUUUAUUGAUGUCUGUAUCGGAAAAAUUGAGAUGUAAUUAAUUUAAAAAAUACUGACUAAGUAUAUUCAUAGAUGGUGAAAGUCAGGUUGGCAAACAUUUAAACAAUAGAUUACUGAUAAUUACUGAACCAACGGCAGGCAUUUCCUCUUGUAAUAAAUGAAUGUCUUUUUAUCAACAAUAUUUUUGAUUGAUGCAUUUUAUACAAAUACAUUUUAUAGCUUUACACCGCAAGGGGAAAUUAAAUGCCAAAAUGGCACUAUGGGAACAUUAUCUAGGUACUUAAAUUUGAGGAGAGAAAAAAAGACUUAUGAUCUUGGAUUCGAGAUGGUUAUUUCAGUUUAUUAUUUACAAAAUUUUGCCGACUUGUCCUUCACCUUCUGUAAUGUUAUAUUUCAUGUAGAUAUAGUAGUUCAGAUGUAAAUAGUGUUUGUAGGUUGUAGCUACAUUUAGAAGCCAGCAGGCUGAAAAACAAGCUAUUGGAAAUUAUUAUGUAUUUUAUUGUAAUUUAUUUUCAUCAUUAACAGUUUGUAUGCAUUUAAAUCCCACUUGUAAAACAUCAAAAACCUUACUGAGUAGCAAGUGCAGAAAGGUUGAAUUACAUGUUACAUGUUUUUUAAUGAUAUAACUUGUACGUUAAAAAUUGAGUAUAAAAUAAUAAUAUUUCUGUCACACUCGCCAUCCAAGAAAUUUAAAUUUAAAUACCUACCUGACUCUGUUUUGCUCGUAAAAACUAGAUUGAAAUAGUUCUAUCUACCUACAUAGUUAAUACAUAUUAUAGUAACUCUACAUUGUCUAUGAAGUGUAAUCUUUUACUAACAUUUAUAAAAAUAUGAAAGCAUAGAAAAUUGAUGUCCUUAACAAAAAUUUUAAAUACA